AUGAAUCCAUUAGAGAACUUUUAUAAAGACUCAACGAUUCUUAUAACCGGUGGAAAUGGUUUUCUUGGAAAAGUUCUCGUUGAAAAAUUGUUGCGAUGUUUUGAUAUCAGAAAAAUUCAUUUGCUGAUAAGAGCUAAGAACAAUGAAACUGUCAAAGAAAGGAUACAAAAUUUCGUUAACAAUGCUAUAUUUGACUUCAUUCGUAAGCAAAGUCCGGAGUUGCUAAAUAAGCUUAAUUUUAUCGAAGUAAAUUACAAUUUAAGUAAUUUGAGUAUCAACGAAGAGACAAUGUCUUGCAUCAGUUCUGAAGUCGAGAUAGUCUUCAAUGUAGUUGCUUCUGUGAAAUUUAAUGAAAAGCUUCAAGAUGCAAUUGAAAUAAAUUUACUUGGAACGAAGAAAGUUGUUGACUUAGUUCUGAAAUUGAAAAGGCUGAAGUCAUUCAUUCAUGUUUCAACGUUAUUUUCCAACUGCAAUAGAAAGGACGUUGAUGAGAAACUUUACGAACACAUUUUAAGUUAUCAUCAAUUGGCAUCGCUGAAAGAAUUUCUAAAAAAUGUUGAAGGUAUUCAACCAAUUGAAGGUUUGCUAUUGGGAAAACUUCCGAAUACUUAUACUUUAACGAAGCAUUUCGCUGAAAAGUUGGUUUAUCAUCAAGCAUUUUACAUUCCCUGUGGAAUAUUUCGAGCUCCGGUUGUCAUCUCGAACUAUCAUAACUUGAAUGGGCCUGCAGGCGUUGUCGCGUUAACGUUGAAUGGGAAAUGUCAUUGCAUCCUGGGAAAUCCUCGUUCACGUUCAAAUCUUGUUCCGGUUGAUUUCUGUAUUAAUGCAUUGAUUGCAUCGGCUUGGGAUAUUCAUGAACGUUACAGUUUUCAGAACAGAUCCGACACUUAUGACAAAAUUCAAAUUUACAAUUACAUUUUCCAUGACAACAAUUUACAAUGGAGAAGAUAUAUGCAGCUUAUAGCUUUAGGUUUACAAAGCAACUGGCAGAAGCUUUUGCGUUGCAACUACAUUAUAGUUUCUUCAAGAUCCACAUUUAAAUUCCUUCAUUUCAUGUUUCAUACUAUCCCAGCUUAUUUAACGGAUGUCAUAGCUUUCAUUUUAGGAAAAAAGAUAAUGCAUCGUAGAGCUUGCAAGCAAAUGGAAAAAAUCUUACUCAUAAUGUCGUAUUUUGGGAGUCGCGAAUGGAAUUUUGAGAACACGAAUGUUGAAAGACUUGUUAAGAUGACGAAACAUUUCAAAUUUCAACGAGGCUAUUUUGACUUUGACUUACGAAAUGUUGAUUGGAGCGAAUAUUUUAAGAGCUACGUGACUGGUAUGAAACAAUAUGUGUUGAAGGAGAAUUACGGAAAAGUUAAGAAGACGAACUGCUCGAAUCAUUUGUGA